AUGAACAAGAUCUUCCCCCAGGGGGAUGCCAAUGGCAAUGCUGCUGCUGGAAGCAAAGCCCUCCCUGGAGGGGAAGCGGACUGCAGCCCUUGCUGCUACUCACGCCGAGGGGCCUGCCUCUCAGCCUUCCUGAUUCUCCUGCUGACAACUCUUGCAGCUCUGAUCGCCCUGGUCGCCAUCCUUGGACCCCCAUCUCGCACGCCAGGGGCCCAGGCCUGCGUGACGCAGAUGAAUAGGACAGGCUUCCUGUGCAACGACAGGAGCAGCUGCAUCCCGGCCAGCAGGGUCUGUGACGGUGUCCGCACCUGUGCCCACGGCGAGGACGAGGAGGAGGCCUUGUGCCGAGCUGUGCCCCAGAGCCUCCCUGGCUUUCUCGUGGCUCACUGUGGAGACCCUGCUUCCUGGAUCUACUCAGACCAAAUGUGUGACGGGAUCAACAACUGUGGGGACUGCUCAGAUGAACUGAGCCCAGUGACUACCUGCCUGCCCUGCGGCCCUGGGUGGUGGCCCUGCCCCUCGACUGUCUUCAAAUACUGCAGUUGUAUCCCCAGGAGCCUCUGCCGGGAUCAUGUGCAGCAUUGCUCCGACUGGUCUGAUGAGUACUCCUGUCCUGGCCCUUGA